AUGGAUAAAGAUAUGGCCUGCGAGAGGUUCUCUCCUCCUCCUAUCUUGAGAAGUGUAUUAGGUGAUGAGAGUGAUGUUCUUGACCUCUUGAUUAUUGCUGUUCAUGAAGCUUUCUUGAACUCCGGUCUUGUUGGAUUCGAUUCGGUAUCUGCAACACGUGUUAAUGGACUUCAGUUCCCUGGAGAGAGGCCUUCAUCCGCUACCCCGUUGUCAGUUUCCUAUACUCUUCCGGAAGUUUUGGACAAGGAAGAUGUUUCUGAAUCAAUUUUUUUGAAUAUCCGGAGUUUGAUCAAUGGUUGUGUUGUAGUUUCAGGGUCUUUGGCAGAGAGUAGGUCAAAGUUGUAUCUGACUUUGGAUCAGAAUAGAUUUGCCCCGGAUCAGCUGGUUUUGCCAUUGUCCAUACAACUAUCCGAAAAGACUGGUGCGACUCUUCCACCAUGCUUUAUGCACCUUUCAUCUUAUUUAAACCGCAAGAUUUUGGAGUUACUUCCUGCCACCGAUGUUGCAAGAAUGGCAUGCGUUAGUUCGGAGAUGCAGAUUUUGUGUUCGAACGGUGAUUUAUGGAAGCAGAGGUAUGCGGAAGAGUUUGGAUAUGCCUCUGAAACACAAAGUUGUGGCAACUGGAAAAACAGAUUUGGUUGGGAUUGGAAGAUUGAGAAGAACAAUUACAAGAAAGAGACAAGAUCAGAGUCAUACCUGCAGGAUUUCUUCGAUUCCAGAGGCAGUUUCACUAGCCAAUUCAGGCCUUCUCUUUUGGCACUAAAUAUUUAUUAUAAAGAGAAGGAAAUCAGCCCUAGCUCAAACAAAUGCAAAUUUUUAGAUAUGGAUGUUUUCUGCUGCCCAAUCUUAUAG